UAUGAAAUUAUAUAACUACAAUUCAUCAUGUGUUCUUCUACAAAGGUCAGUUUCUUCAACGAUCCGGUGUUACACUCGACGAGCUUUGGAGACCGCCUACAAACCGGCCUUGGUCGAAGUUAACAAUCGAAACGUUGGAAACCGAUUUCGGAAAGACAAAUUGCAGCAAGGUAAUGAAAAUCGGUUCAGCCUCCUUCUGCCACCCCCAAACAUUACGGGUGAUUUGCAUCUGGGGCAUGCACUAACUUGCGCUAUCCAGGACGUCCUGAUACGAUGGAAGGAGAAGCAGGGCCUGUCGUGCUUGUGGCUGCCAGGUAUGGAUCAUGCAGGCAUCGCAACACAGGUUGUGGUUGAAAAGAAUCUGCAAAAGCAGACGAAGCUAAGCAGACAUGACAUGGGUAAGGAGAAAUUUCUAAGUGAGGUUUGGAAUUGGAAGAAAGAAAAGGCAACCAAUAUAAGGCGAGAUCUUAAUAAUUUGGGAAGCCGUCUAAAUUGGGAACAUGAAUAUUUUACAAUGGAUAAACGCCAGUCGAAAGCUGUAAAAGAAGCUUUUGUUCAAUUAUUUGACGCGAAUUUAAUCUAUCGCGAUAAAGCUUUAGUAAAUUGGUCCUGCGCUUUGGAGUCUGCUAUUUCUGAUAUAGAGGUUGAUAACAUAGAAAUCAAUGGACCGACUGCGAUACAAGUGCCUGGUUACCAAGAGAAGAUCAUAUUCGGCGAAAUGGUUGAUGUGGCAUACAAAGUGAGCGGUACACAGGAGGAGAUAUUGGUUUCAACGACUAGACCGGAAACACUGCUUGGAGAUGUGGCCGUGGCUGUUAAUCCAGCCGAUGCCCGGUAUGAUCAGUUUAAAGGAAGGACCACUAUGCUCUGGCAUCCAGUGCGACUGUGUGAAAUCCCAUUGAUCUUCGACGAAAGCGUUGACCCCGAGUUUGGUACUGGUGCGGUAAAAAUUACUCCUGCCCAUGAUCGAUACGAUUACGAUGUCGCAUUAAAACACCAGUUGCCAGUUGUAAAUGUCAUAACAAGUAAAGGAAUUAUCGAAAAAGAAUUCGGUCCAUUUUCGGACCUUCCUAGGUAUAAAGCGCGAUCAAAAAUGUUAGAUUUUCUUGCGAAUCAAUCUUUGUUAAGAGGAACCAGACCUCAUUGUAUGGUGCUACCAGUUUGUUCUAGAUCAAAGGACGUAAUUGAAUUUUUAUUAAGGCCUCAAUGGUUUGUUCGUUGCCAGAACAUGGCUCGAAAGGCUAGUCAGGCGGUUGAAACCGGCGAAUUACGUAUAACUCCGAAGGUUUUCGAAAAGGAAUGGUUUCGAUGGCUUGAAAAUUGCCACGAUUGGUGCAUUUCCAGGCAGUUAUGGUGGGGUCAUCAGAUACCAGCCUACAAAGUACAAAGCGGCCAAAACUCAUCUUGGAUUGCAGCUAGAUCCUUGCAAGAAGCUCAAUCGAAGGCCGAAACUAUGUAUGAUUCCAAGGAUUGCAAAGUUACACAAGAUUCAGACGUAUUAGACACGUGGUUCUCUUCGUCACUGCUACCUUUUUCGUCAGUCGGGUGGCCUGAUAAUACAACCGAGCUGCAGAAUUUCUACCCGUUGAAUCUAAUGGAAACCGGCCAUGAUAUACUAUUCUUUUGGGUGGCACGUAUGGUCAUGCUGGGUCAACAACUGACAGGUCAGUUGCCAUUCAACAAUAUACUAUUGCACGGUAUAAUAUGUGAUGAAUUCGGACGAAAGAUGUCUAAAAGUUUAGGAAAUGUGAUUAAACCAGAACAUGUUAUAAAGGGGGUCACAUUGGAGCAGCUCAAUAAAGAAGCAGAAACAUCACACCAACAGGGGAUCCUAUCUGCGGAAGAAUUUAAAAAGUCUGUAACUGGUCAACGUAAAAUGCUUCCCAAUGGAAUUCCAGAGUGCGGAACAGACGCACUUCGCUUUACCAUGUGCUCAGCCAAUGUUAAAAAUCAUUUCAUUAAUUUUAACGUUCAAGAAUGCUACACAAAUAAACUUUUCUUCAAUAAGAUUUGGCAAGCUACUCGCUAUAGUUUGAACUGCACCGAACGUUUCGCUCCUCUAGAUAAUUAUCAUCUAAGUAAGGAUAAACUAACAGAAAUCGAUAGAUGGAUUUUAAGUCGAUUGAGUACUACUAUUGCUGUAACCCAAAGAGCAUUUGAUGAUUUCAAUUUCCAUUUAGCUACAGCCUCUUGGAAAACAUUUUUCUACAAUAAUUUUUGUGACGUCUACUUGGAGACCACAAAAGUACACAUGUCUUCCGAACAAGCUUCUAUUGCUGCGAACCACUGUUUAGUGCUUCAACACUGCUUGGUAGUCGGUUUGCAUCACUUGGAAGUGUUUACUCCAUUUCUAGCAGACGAGCUACUAACACAUCUCCCCGCAUUCCAAGAUCUCCAGUUCAACCCAAAUGAAUGGACUGAUCAAGAAUUAGAGUCGAAAAUUGCGCAACUCCUGGGAAUUUGCCAAAGUAUUCGUCAGACUAAAAGCGAAUUUAAUCCACCGAUUGCCCGGAAACAUAACCCCGUACUACACCUUCUUUCAAAAACCGGAAGCUUGAGUAAUCUAAUUCAGUCACACAUAAAGAAUAUCGAGCAGCUAACGCAAUGCAGUGCGGUAAUGCUCCAUACGAAUGAAGACACUUUUUCUAAGGUGUCUUUUACAACUCAAUCCUCCGCUAGCCAUGAAUGUUACUUCGGUAUUGAAACCGAUUUGCGAGCAUCAAAGCAAGUGUCAAGUAAAAGUAAAAAAAUCUUGAAACUAGAAUCCGAGCUAGAUAAAUUACUCGGUAUUGUGGCCAAUGAGGGCUACCAGAGAUCUGCAAAUGAACUAGUCAAGCGGACACAUUUGGAAAAGAUUGAUCAACUAAAACUACAGAUAAAAGAAAUGCGACAUUUGUGAUCUAAUCGUCUUACCUCGUCU